UGCGGUGGGGCCUCCUCCCCCCGGCCUCCCCCGGGGCAGCGCGGCGAGAGCCCGGCGGUCUCUCAGUGCCCCCCCCGGUCCCUUCCCCACCCCUCCCCUCCUCCCCGCACACCGCCACCAUGGCGGAGCAGGAGAGCCUGGAGUUCGGCAAGGCCGACUUCGUGCUGCUGGACGCCGUCACCAUGCCCGAGUUCAUGGCCAACCUCCGCCUGCGGUUUGAAAAAGGACGUAUUUAUACGUUUAUUGGGGAAGUGGUCGUUUCCAUGAAUCCUUACAAGAACUUGAACAUCUAUGGGCGUGACAUGAUCGAGCAGUACAAAGGAAGGGAAUUGUAUGAGAGGCCUCCUCACCUCUUUGCAAUUGCUGAUGCGGCUUACAAAGCGAUGAAGAGGCGAUCAAAAGACACCUGUAUUGUAAUAUCAGGUGAAAGUGGGGCUGGGAAAACUGAGGCCAGUAAAUAUAUUAUGCAGUACAUAGCAGCCAUUACCAACCCUGGUCAGAGAGCGGAGGUGGAAAGAGUGAAGAACAUAUUGCUGAAAUCUAAUUGUGUAUUAGAGGCCUUUGGCAAUGCCAAAACAAACCGCAAUGACAAUUCCAGCAGGUUUGGAAAAUACAUGGAUAUCAACUUUGAUUUUAAAGGCGAUCCAAUAGGUGGGCAUAUCAAUAAUUACUUGCUUGAAAAGUCCCGUGUGAUUGUACAGCAGCCAGGAGAACGAAGCUUUCAUUCUUUUUACCAGCUCCUCCAGGGGGGUUCUGACCAGAUGUUGCGUUCUCUACAUCUUCAGAAGGAUGCAUCUGCAUACAGCUACAUCUCUCCUGGAGCACAGCUAAAGUGUUCCAUCAAUGAUGGUGCAGAGUUCAAAGCUGUAGCUGAUGCCAUGAAAGUGAUAGGCUUCAAGCAAGAGGAGAUUCAGACUGUCUACAAAAUUGUGGCAGCCAUUCUUCACUUGGGGAACUUGAAGUUUUCUGUGGAUGGAGAUACACCUCUAAUAGAAAAUAGCAAGGUUGUGUCAAUCAUUGCAGACUUGCUGUCAACAAAAUCUGAGAUGGUGGAGAAGGCUCUUUUGUUCCGAACUGUAGCUACAGGUCGGGAUGUCAUUGACAAACAGCAUACUGAACAAGAAGCCACCUACGGCAGAGACGCCUUUGCAAAAGCUAUAUACGAGCGCCUCUUUUGUUGGAUUGUGACGCACAUCAAUGAUGUGAUCGAAGUGAAGAACUACGACACUACAAUACAUGGCAAAAACACAGUCAUUGGUGUCCUGGAUAUUUAUGGCUUUGAAAUAUUUGACAACAACAGUUUUGAGCAAUUUUGCAUUAAUUACUGCAAUGAAAAGCUACAGCAGCUCUUUAUUCAGCUAGUUCUGAAGCAGGAGCAGGAAGAGUACCAGCGAGAGGGAAUUCCCUGGAAGCAUAUUGAUUACUUUAACAAUCAGGUCAUUGUUGACCUGGUAGAGCAGCAGCACAAAGGGAUCAUUGCCAUUCUGGAUGAUGCCUGCAUGAAUGUUGGAAAAGUUACAGAUGAGAUGUUUCUUGAGGCUCUUAAUAACAAGCUAGGGAAGCACGCACACUUCUCCAGCAGAAAGCUUUGUGCAACUGACAAAACCCUGGAGUUUGACAGAGACUUUCGAAUCAAGCACUACGCUGGAGAUGUGAUUUACUCAGUCACUGGAUUUAUUGACAAAAACAAGGACACUUUAUUUCAAGACUUCAAGCGCCUCAUGUACAACAGCUCUAAUCCUGUGCUGAAGAUGAUGUGGCCUGAAGGUAAACUGAGCAUCACUGAGGUAACGAAGCGACCUUUGACAGCUGCUACCCUUUUUAAGAAUUCCAUGAUUGCACUAGUGGACAACCUGGCAUCAAAGGAACCCUAUUAUGUCCGUUGCAUUAAGCCCAACGAUAAGAAGUCACCACAGCUUUUUGACGAGGAACGUUGCAGGCAUCAGGUUGAAUACCUUGGCCUUCUGGAAAACGUGAGAGUGCGCCGAGCAGGAUUUGCCUACCGCCAAACGUACGAGAAGUUUCUGCACAGGUACAAGAUGAUCUCAGAAUUCACUUGGCCAAACCAUGACCUCCCUUCAGACAAAGAUGCUGUGAAGAAGCUCAUAGAGAGUCAUGGAUUUCAGCAUGACGUUGCUUAUGGGAAGACCAAGAUAUUUAUCCGUACGCCUCGAACAUUGUUCACCUUGGAGGAACUGCAUGCCAAGAUGCUCGUGAGGAUUGUCCUCUUCCUACAGAAGGUUUGGAGGGGCACCUUGGCUCGUCUUCGCUAUAAGAGGACAAAGGCUGCCCUGACGAUACUCAAGUAUUACCGCCGCUACAAAGUGAAGGCCUACAUCCAUGAAGUUGCCCAACGCUUUCGCAAUGUGAGGUCAAUGAAGGAUUAUGGCAAGCAUGUGCAAUGGCCCACUCCACCAAAAGUGCUGCACCGAUUUGAAGAGGCACUCCAGAUGAUUUACCAUAGGUGGAGAGCAGGUGAACUCAUCCGGAGCAUCCCACCAAAAGACCUACCUCAACUGAGGGCAAAGGUUGCUGCCAUGGAAGUGCUGAAGGGUCACAGAGCUGAUCUUGGGCUACAAAGAGCUUGGGAGGGGAAUUACAUCGCACUGAGACCAGAUAACCCUCAGACCACAGGCUCCUUCAUCCCUGUUGCCACUGAGCUGAAACGGAAAGACAAGUACAUGAAUGUCCUCUUCUCGUGUCACGUCCGCAAGGUCAAUCGCUUUAGUAAGGUGGAGGACCGAGCAAUUUUCAUUACUGAUCGACACCUUUAUAAGAUGGACCCUAUGAAGCAGUACAAAGUGAUGAAGACCAUCCCCCUCUAUAAUUUGAUAGGAUUGAGCGUCUCCAAUGGAAAGGACCAGCUUGUGGUCUUCCACACGAAGGACAACAAGGAUCUCAUUGUCUGUCUCUUCAGUAAAGAGCCAUCUGAUGACAACAGGAUUGGAGAGCUGGUGGGAGUCCUGACGAGCCACUUCAAGAGGUGAAACCUCCAGCUGAUGCUCUUCAGUGCCUUAACAAGUCUAUGUUGGGAAGAGCUGUGAAACUGUUGAUUGCACCCCAGAUCCUGUAUUCUCAGUGUUCAGACUUCCCUGCUUUGCUGUUCCUUUUCCCCAGCCAUUACAAUAAAGCACCCCAUCCUUUUGUCAUGCUGAGACCAUUGUGGGGACUGGUCUAAAAUACUGAGCGUUUCAUGUAGGGGUAUAAACUGUUGAUUUUCAAUUUCUUAUACUGAUUUAACAAUGACAUUUUUAUUUUAAAAAAUAAUUAGUUUUAGUUUUUAUCCAUCUAAUUAGUUAACUGCCAUUUUAAAGACAGUACUCUUACAUGCUGUUUAAUAUUCACUUACUACAGUAUCGGUUUGUUUUUUUAUUGUUUUAAAUGAACUCUCAGCACAGCUUGUUACAUGGAAGUGUCUGAAAGUCACUUUUUCUCAGAUGUCUGGUCGAGGUUACAGGUUUAAGGGAUAAUGUACAGGAACAGCUCAUGUUUAAUUUGCCAAAUAUCCAAAUGUCAUGGUUUCCCUUAUCAAAGCAAUAUCUGUAAAUCAAAAUAAAAGGGGAAAAUUCUUGUUUUCAGCCAGUUUCAAUUUUCUAAGUGUAAAAAAAAUCCUGUCUGUGAAUGGGAUUAGCUGACCCAUUGAGAAGCACUUUGGGAAUUCCUCAUUAAACAGGAUUAGCUGAGAAUCGCUGUGUGCCUCAUGGCAAGUGUCAGGUUUCCCUGUCCUGCCUGUCAGGAGGUGCUUGCUGUGACAAAGUGGAUCCGGCAGUAAAACCCUGUGAAAGUCGGGUGGCUGAGUGACCCUGGAUGUGACUUCGGAACCGUGCUACACCUGUGAUGUGCAGGGCGGCUUCCUUGGGUGGCAGCGGGGUCUCGCGUAAGGUCCUCUCCAAACGUACAAAGUAGUUUCCAGCCAUCCUGGUCCCAGUCCUCACAUCUCCGUUAGGAGGUUUUAGCAAGGGUGAGGUUGUACAGCUACCUGUGGUUCCAUGUAAUACAUAACGAUGUUUUAAAUACUUGGGUGAGAAAAUCAUUACAAACUCUGACAAUCCGUACUAACGUAUAGGCAGGACUAGGAGGAGACUGGUGGUGACACCUGUGCUGAGGACGUCCAGACCUUCUCAUUCGGAUGCUUUGUUUGAUUCCUAGUGGUAGUUUUCACACUUUCAGGUUGUGGUCACAAAUGAAUAAGCUUUUUAGUGUAAAACUAACAUGAAGUUUCUAUGAGCUCUACAAUUUUGGAGCAGCAACUCUGCUGGUUAAGGUGUUAGGGAACUGAAUGUAGUCGGGCUAAUGGGUGUUUGAGUCAUGUUUGUGAUUUGGCAGCUGUUAUUUUUUUAAAACAAAGCAAUUAUUUAGCUAACUGAAUUCCCAACAGAAAUAAUGGCAGAGCUGGCUGAAAUACUAAUGCUAUGGCCACAGCGUACCGUCAAGUGCUGGAGCUCGUGUUCAGGAAAAAGGGACCUGAGAAGCUUUUCCAGAAGAGUGGAUGUAAAAGGGUGAGGGCUUUCAGCCAGGAAAGGAUUUAUCUUCUCCAUCUUUUACAUCAAAGUUGCUUCAGGGUCUUUAAGCAUUUAGAAGACUUCUCCAGCAGGUCAAGUCCAGUGUGCUGAGGACUCUUUCUGGAUGUACUUUGGAGCUGUACUUUGCCAGAGAAGACCUGUUUCUAGCCCGUUUUCACAGAACGAAUUCCUUCUCAUCCUCUGGUGGGUCUCACACUGCCUCUGUCAGCUCCUGUCUGGUUCCUCCUGAAGUGUGGAAGCAUCACCAGAUGAACACCCUUGAUGGUAAAGGCAGCUCAGAUGUCAUCACCAAAGGUGACCGAGACCCAUCCUUUGUUUCCAGGCAUUGUGCUCCAUUCUGCAGUACAUCCAAACCUAAAGAUUUUAUUUUUUUUAUGUCUGGUUUAAACACACUUAGUAUUUUCUGUUCAGCAUGCAUAUUGAUCUAAGCUGCAUGGGUAUCAGUGGCCAGCUCUCUUCAGUGUUUCUGUUCCCCUAAUCCCUGCAUUGUCUGCAGCCACAACCACUGAUUUUCUACCAGGAUUGCUGAAGGGAAGGAGGAGUUAAAAGAACAGUAAAAAGUAAUUCCUGCAGAACUCCAGCAGAAAAUCACUUGCCUAAGGAUAAUUUUAUAUUUUCCAUUCCGCUUUGAGACCUGUCAGCCAAUUUUAAUCAUUAGUGCUCACUGGAUUAAUUUUCUUUAGUUCUGGGUUCUUAAACAGGCAUGCCUUAGAGCCAAUUGCCUUGGCACUGUUACACUAUUGACCAAACAGUAAUUCAUAAAAACGGAUGUCAGGCUAAAGGCAACGGGCUGUAGGUUUCAUUAGAGUCAGUUAUCCUGUUCUUCUUGCACACAGGGCUCUUUUUGGCCUGGCAUGAAGGUGUCUUUAGGAAGAUUGUUUCUCAGCUUUCCCUCUCACAUGCAUUCAGUAUAGGAAUUUUGCUCCAUCUGUGCAUUUCAUGAUGUUAUAUGAGAUGGUAGCGGUUUGUUUGAUUGUGGAAGCAGAGAGGCUUGGUUAUUUGACUUAGUGGCACAUAUGUGUACAUUGUAUGUAUGUAAUGCAGGAGUGUGGCUGUGUGUGUGUGUAUACAUAUAUAUAUAUUUUAAAUAUGGGCAAAAUCUGUCUCAUCAGCCUUUCAAAAUAAACAUGUUAGGUGUAAGGUGUGCAGUUUCCCCAGGCUUCCUUAUUAAGCAAGAUCUGCAUAGGGCAGCGCAUCCUUGCAAAAAGCCUCUUUCUUUGCCUGCCCUCAGCAGCAUGGUGGCACACAGGGGAUGUAUCUGGGAUUACAGCUUUAUUGUGCUAAACACUGUAAACAAACAGAUCCCGGUGCAAGAGUUUGCUGCCUAGGCAGACCAGGCAGGUGCAAGGGGGAGAAGCAGCAUUGCGUUGCACUGGGGAGCAGAGGGCUGCAGUGGUUGUGCUUUUUGCAAGGUUCCACACACACCUCCAACGCAGCCACUCUGCUUAAUAUAUAUCCACUCUGUGUUGACUGGCUGUGCUUUAAAAUAUUUCCCAGAGUGGUUCUUGAGACUAUAUUAGGUAACGGCCUUGCUUGAUGUGUUAGAAAGCAGUUAAUAGUUGUGGUCUGGCUGUACCUGGAAGUUCUUGAAACAGCUGCACUGAAAUGGAGUAGUUGUGAAGAGAGAAAAUGAGAAGAAAAGUGCACUUCUGACUGCUUUUCUAGUGUUCAAAGCUCCAGCCAUAAAUAUUUGUUAACACUGGAAUUGCUUCAAACUUUGCAUGAGUGCAGGAUGCCCCUAAUCCCCCUGAACUACAUAAAUUGAGUGUCAGAAUAAAGCCCAUCCAGAAUUGCAGGCUAUUUGGGGAGAUUAAAUAUAUUUGGAACAGGAGAACUCACAAAUGUUAUUUUCUGAAUUUUGUUCUUUUUAACAAAUCAUGUUGUGGCAAACAAAGCUUUCUGCAAACACAUUUAAGUGAAAGAUUUUUAAAUUUGCUAUUAUCUUAAUAGCAGUGUUUAAGGUUAAGCUCUGAGAGUGCUGCCUCCUGGGUGAUUUUUGUUAAUAGCAUGAGUGUUUGCUAGGUAGAUGGAAAGAAGCAGUCUGUAAAUGCACAUUUUCAAUCCAUUGUGCAGGAGUAAGGAUGAGCAUUUAAAACAUUAAAAAAAAAUCAACAUGAUUUUAUUUUGCUUAUUUAGGAAAAUCAGUCCUCAGCCCAGUUAUGAGCACAAUCUGGAACACAAAUCAUUAAGCAGGAGAGCCCAGUUUGUUUAAAAUCAAUCCAAUAUAUUUUAUUUCCUCCACUAUGUAGAAAUAGACCUUCCAGCUCAGGCCUAGGUGUCAUGCAAGAGUUUUAAAACAUUUUGAUUUUAACUGACUUUCACUGACUUUAAUCAGUUUAACAUUUUCCCUUUGUUUAAAAACUGUUUACCUUUCUCUUGUAGAAACCUUAUUAACUGCUGCGACUUAGAUUUACAUGUGACUUAAGACAGAAGCAUUUUUUUUCUAUGGUUGGUGACCACCUCGAAGAGACAAUUCUGAUGAAAACUCUUGUUUCUUUGGGACCGAAGGGAAGGAAGAGGAGCCCAAACUAGUGUUUGAAAAUCCAUGGGUGAUAGCGUGCUCUUAACCAGCCAUCCUUACUCCAAGGAAAUAACCAUCCCUCAUAAGGCAGAAAACCUCUGCACAAAGGAAGGGUGUUACAGCUGCUGGUAUCAAAUUAAUCUGUCACUUAAGCUUUGUGAACGCUACGAAAAUUAUCUCUUGCUGACAAUGGGUGUCAGCAGCGCCGGCAGCCAGGCUCGUGAUGAGCUCUCUUUAACUGGAAGUUUCCAUCUGUACUGGGGGUUUCUUGUAGGCUAGACAAGAUCAAAAGGAGUUGAGCGCUGCUUCAGAAAACCAGGCUGGAAACAAACUGCUUCUAAAUUGCUAUUUAAUGCGAUUUGUCCUUUGUCACCACUGCCAACUAACCCAUGUUUAGUUCUGAUUCAGCUGUGCCAGUGGCUGACACCAUUGUUAUCAUCGGCUGAAUCCUGACAAAGGGCUAGACUUUAUUCAUAUCAGAUUCCUCUGUAACAUUUUUUUCAGUGCUUGAGUGGAGCAUAAAUAGCUUUGUUUUUAUACAGGAUUUCUAUUCAUAACUUCUAGUAAAACUCUGCUGUUGUCUGGGAGGAGCCCUAGCCUGCAGUUAGCUGUCAGCUUCUAAGCACCAGGUACUCAACCCUGCAGCAGGAUGGUGGCAAAAGAAAAAACAAUUUCCUCAUUCAAUAAAAUACAUAAAAUUAAAAAAAAAAAAAAAAAAAAAAAAAAAAAGCUUAAUUUCUCUAACCUUGUCAUUGUGGCUUAGAAUUUUUUUCUAGGAUUUAGCUAAGAUUUGCCUUUGGCUAACUUACGAUCUUUAUGAUCAUCUCUGGUAAUUCCUGUGCAGGUUUGUUAACCACACAGUUGUAACUGGGAUUAAGAAAUGACAGUUUUUCUUUGGAAAAUACACUGUGUAGAUGAAAGAUUUGUUGCUUUUGGUGAGUUCAGGGCAUGAACAGGAGGAAUUCUAGCACCAUGAUAAACUCUUAAUGUCCUCUUUUUAAAUUUUGUAUUAUUUGGGGAAGUUUUCUUCAGCUAUUGAUGCUACUGAGCUUAUCUAGAGAACUGCCAUGCUAGAAGGGAACUCAUUAAGGCAGUCAGAAGAGGAUUGGUUCCUUUCUUAAAAUGCAUCUUCCUGAUGCUGUUGCUGGAGCAGAGUUCAUUCACUGUCUCUGACAUGGGUCCUGAACCCCCUGACCAGGGAAGCUUUCCCUCUCCCACAUCCUGGUGGAAAAAGUAGCCUUUUGUUAUACUUCUUAAUACAUUCCUGGCACAGUGCAGAUAACUUUGUCUCCUGCAGUCCUGGAUUUAUGCUGAGUAUAAAGUGAGCUCUGGAGGGGGGAUUGGGCUCUCAAGAGGCUGACUUUAAUCUUUGCUGCAAAAUUUUGAGUCCCUUAUUUGAGUACUUGACCUCUAAAUCUAAAAGUCAAUUCUUUUGUCUGAUAAUGUAAUAGUAGCAAUUUAUUAUAUUUUAUGAUGUUCCGUUGAUUGUGAAGAGUUUUACUGGUCAGCUUUUCUUUCCCAAGUCCUACUCCCAUUGUCAACACAAAUUCUCUCUGAAAUUCUCUGGAAAGAGAACACCGCUGUGGCUGAAACACAGUCGAGCUGCACACAGAUGCCAGUAGAAGGUAACUGUGAUACUGUCUGUUUUGUAAAGAGCACCCAGAUGGUAAAGCUCCAGGCAGGAGUUCGGGGUGCUCCUGGGAUGGAUGGAGAUCUUGGUAGACAGAAUUAUUGGAGCUUGAUGUUCUUUGAAGGAGAUGGACUUUCAGUGUUCGGCUGCUUGAUGUUUUCUGAAGUUGUUUUGUGUAGAGGUUGCUGAGAAAGUGUUCUAUAGGGCACAUAAAAUAAAUAAAUAAAUUAUCAUUGAUUACUUCAAAAAUUUAGAACCAUUUUUUUGCUGUAACCAUAAUUCUGAUAAAAACAGCUCCUCAGUGACCCAAAAUUCUUCUCCAGCUCAUCAUACAAGUUGGAUGUGUCGUUAACUAAUGUUUUUUUUUGUCUUAUUAGCCUUUUCAAAGUGUUAUUUGAGAUGCCCAGUUCAUUCCUAAUCCCCAGCUAGUGGAUGCACUGGGUUAAAACAGAUGAAUCCUUUCUCUUCUUGGACUGUCUAUGGCAGUAGGGUGAAACUGGAAGGAUUAUUUGUGUUCUGAAA